AUGUCCAUCCUCCACAUCGUAAUGUUCCAAUUCAAACCCUCAAUCUCCACGACUCAAAUCCACAACAUCUGCACCAACAUGCUCUCCCUCUCACAAAAAUGUCUACAUCCAGAAUCCCAACAACCCUACGUCAAAUCCUAUGGGGGAGGGAAAGAUACUUCGCCUGAAGGACUCCAGGGAGGACUCACACAUGCUUUUAUUAGUGAGUUUCAAAGUGAAGAGGAUAGGACGUAUUAUCUCCAGCGAGAUCCUGCACAUUUGGCUUUUGUGGCGAGUUUGGAUGGGGUGGUGGAGCAGGUGCGCGUGAUGGAUUUUGAGAGUGGCAAGUUUUGA